AUGAGGAGGGUUUUCCUUUCAGGUCGAACCCAGGCCGUCACUAAAGCCGUUCAGACACCCAGCGAAGGUCGAAAUCAAACAGUCUGUAAAGAAAUUCAGACAGAUGAAGCGAAUGCCGUGCUGAAUGACUCUGCUGACUAUUCAAUGGAUUCCUUCGAGGACCUUAAGAUGACAGAAGAUCUACAAAAUGAAUAUGAAACAACACUGAUCACAGGAGGAAUUGCCGCUUUGCAGAAGAAGAUCAGCUCAGAGUUGAACCUUUGGCAAAAUAUAGUUACACGGUUUGCUAUCAUUGGAGAAUCAGGAUCAGGCAAGUCCUCCUUUAUUAAUGCAAUGCUUGGAAUUAGUGGGGACGAUCCAAAAGCGGCCAUGGUAGGCUGCAAUGAGUGCACGACAGAUUGCAAAGAAUUUCAACACCCACGAAAGAAGACAUUAUUGUUUACUGAUCUCCCCGGUGUAGGAACACCAAACUUUCCAAAGCAAUCUUACCUUGAAGCUGUGCAGUUUGAGAGUUACCACUUUUUUAUAUUGAUUACACAGUGUCGGUUUAAAGAAAAUGACCUAUGGCUGGUUAAAGAAAUUGAAAAACGUGAAAAACAUUUUUAUUUUGUUAGAACCAAAAUAGACGUUGACGUUAGCUCAGACAAAAAAGCCCACCCACGUUCACAUAAUCAAGUGAGUCUGCUCCAGGAAAUUCGAACCAAAACAGCAGAACAAUUGAAAUCAGUAAAUGUAAGCCCAGACAAUGUUUUCCUGAUCGACAACUAUGAUACAAGACGAUUUGACUUUGAGAACUUGAUGGAAAGAAUCAUUGUCGACGCACCUUGUCUCAUAAAACAGUCAUUGAUAUUUUCGAUAUCGGCAGCAAGUUCGAACAUACUCAAGGAAAAGGUAGCUGCUCUUCGUUCACGAAUAAAAUAUCAGGCAAUGCUUGCUUCCAUUGGCUCGCUUGCGCCGAUUCCGGGAGCUGGAUUAUUAUGCGAAGUUGGAAUACUCAUGAAGGAGGUGAACUUUUACAAGUCACAAUUGGGAACUGAUAAGAACACGGUGCAACAGCUUGCAAUGAAGAUGGACAUGCCAGUGGAGUCGUUGUACAAGCAACUUGGAAUGACUUCGCACAUUCUCUUAGCAUCAAUGGAUAGAUUUCUUAAGCUGUGUGCUGAAAUUGCUGUAACGGAAGCCACUGAGUGUUUUCUUAAAGCAACUGUCCCAGUUAUUGGACAUUUAGUGUCUGUAGCGGCUAGCUUUCCUGUUUGUUCCUAUACAUUAAACAAAUUGCUGAACAUGUGCGAAGAAGAGGCUAUCAAGGCGAACAAAGCGUUUGAGCAGUGGGUGAUAAACCAAACAAGCACCCCUGUCGACUGA